AAAAAAAUAGAAGAGACCAAAGAGAGACCGGUUGGUAGCUAAUCGUGUUCUUCAUUCUUCUUCAGCGACAUCGUCUCCUUUAGGGUUCCGAUCGAUACGAAAUACGAUAUAUUUUUUAUUGAUCAAUUAUAGGAAAAUUUGGUGUCUUUCUUAAAUGACGAGUGCGGGCGACGAGGAAGUCGAUGCGGUGCUCAGCGACGUGGAGUCCGAUGAGCCGGUACCGAUCGCUAUUAAAGAUCCAUCUCAAGAGGAUGUAUCGGUCGAGAAAUUCCGUGAAAUUCUCGCGGAGCUUGAUCGGGAGAAAGAAGCACGACAAGCCGAGGAGAAAUCUAAAUCAGAACUUCAAGUUUCGUUUAAUCGAUUAAAAGCUUUGGCUCACGAGGCGAUUAAGAAGCGAGACGAGUGUGGGAGACAACGAGAUGAAGCUCUCCGCGAGAAAGAAGAAGCUUCGAAAUCGAACGAGAGCUUAACAGCGCAAUUAGCGGAAGCUAAUAAGAUCAAAGAGGAGGUUACGAAACAAAGAGAAGAUUUGGCGAAGCAAUUGGAGGAAGCGUCCAAGGGAAAAGAUGGAUUGCGAUCGGAGAUCGAGACCUCUGCACAUAUGCUUGUAUCUGGUAUCGAAAAAAUUUCUGGAAAAGUUAAUAAUUUCAAAAACUUCUCUGCCGGAGGAUUGCCACGGUCACAAAAGUACGCCGGUUUGCCCUCUGUUGCUUAUGGGGUGAUCAAAAGAACGAACGAGAUUGUUGAAGAGCUUGUUAAACAGAUCGAAACCACAACUAAAUCUAGAAAUGAAGCCAGAGAACAGAUAGAGCAACGUAAUUAUGAAAUUGCCAUUGAAGUUUCUCAGCUUGAAGCCACAAUAAGUGGGUUACGAGAGGAGGUGGCAAAGAAAACUAAUAAUGAAAAUUUAGAGAAGAGUAUAGUUGAAAAGGAUGGGAAGAUUGUGGUGAUUGAAAAAGAGAUGUUGGAGAAGAUUACUUCGGCAGAGGAUGAAUUAAUGGAGUUGAGGAGCUUGACAAGUGAAUAUGAUGAUAGAUUGAAAGAUUGGCAAAUGAAGAUGGAGUUACAGAGGCCUUUAUUGGUCGAACAGUUGAAUUUCGUUUCUGGAAUUCAUGUGAUUUAUGAUGUCAUUAAGAUUGUUGAUGCUGAUAAUAUGGAUCAAUCAGUUGUAUCAGAAUCCUUUUUUCUUCCACAAGAAACAGAUUCGGAGGAAAAUAUACGUGCUUGUUUGGCAGGGAUGGAGUCUAUCUAUGAAUUAACCGGAAUUCUGUCCGGGAAAAUAAAGGACCUAGUUGAGGAAAAAAAUCGUGAAGUAAAGAGUUUGAAUGUAACAGUUGCUCGUUUGAUUAAGGAGAGAGAACAUAUUGGCUCUUUGCUUAGGAGUGCAUUGUCCAGGAGGAUGGUAUCUGAAAAUAAGUCCAAAACCAAUGAGUUGUUUCAAACUGCUGAGAAUGGUCUGAGAGAGGCUGGAAUUGACUUCAAAUUUAGUAAACAUAUCGGUGAUGGAAAUAAAUCUGAAGAUCUGGACUCUGACCAGGAUGAAAUAUACACUCUGGCUGGUGCUUUAGAGAAUAUUGUCAAAACAUCCCAGCUUGAGAUCAUCGAACUACAGCACUCUGUGGAGGAAUUAAGGGAAGAGUCUAGUGUACUUAAAGAACAUGUGGAAGCUCAAGCCAAGGAGCUCAACCAAAGAAUGCGUCAUAUAGAGGAGCUUGAAGAGAAGGAGAGAUUAGCAAAUGAAAGUGUUGAAGGACUUAUGACGGACAUUGCUGCUGCAGAGGAAGAAAUUACAAGAUGGAAAUCAGCAGCUGAGCAGGAGGCAGCUGCAGGAAGAGCUGUAGAACAAGAGUUCUUAGCACAGCUAUCAGCAAUUAAACUGGAGCUUGAAGAGGCAAAGCAAGCCAUGUUGGAAUCAGAGAAGAAACUAAAAUUCAAAGAAGAAACUGCUGCUGCUGCCAUGGCAGCAAGAGAUGCAGCUGAGAAAUCAUUGAGGCUGGCAGAUAUGAGUGCGACUAGGCUGAGGGAAAGAGUGGAGGAGCUUACCCGUCAGCUAGAAGAGUUCGAAUCACAAGAAGACUCAAGGAGUCGGAAUCGAUCGAGAUAUGUUUGUUGGCCAUGGCAGUGGCUUGGGCUGGAUUUUGUUGGGUUUCAUAAACCAGAUAUACCACAACAGAGUUCAAAUGAAAUGGAGCUUUCCGAACCACUUCUCUGAGUAUACUUUUACUCUUUGUUCUGUGUACAAUCUGUUCAUAGUAACUUCAUUCUUCAAGGCCCCUUCAUUUGCAAUGAUUUUUUCAGUUUUAUAAUUUUGACAUGGCAAUGAUAUCCUAGAGUUGAAUCUUUCUUGUUCAUACUUCCAUGGCAGCCAGUCUUUUUAAUCAAGCUAAUCUAUAUGUAACUAUCUUGGUUUCCUUUUCAAAUCUGUUUUCUUGUUA